AUUUUCCCCCUCGGUACCCCGUCGAACAGCCGCGCCGCCCGCUACCCCGAUCGGUAUCGCUCGCAGCGCCCCUUCUCGUCGAGAUCCCCCGUCGAUCCGUCGCGGCGGGGCAAGGGCGAGGGCCGGCGCGGCGCCCCUGUCGUCCCCGGCACGCCUUCCUUGCUCGGUUUCGGACGCCGGCGCGGCUCCUUUCUCCGCCAGCCCUGCAGAUCCCCUCUGGACGAACGGCCGCUGGACGAAGGAACGAGCUCGGCCCGCGACCCCCUCUCCAGGCCGUCUCCCUUCUCCAAGCAGCGACGUCCCCUCCGGGCGACCGUCUUCCUCCCAUCCGGCGCCCCUGCUCCAGCAGCUCCAGGCCGGCCGCUCCAGAGUGGUGGAAAAUCUGUCAAGUUAGAGGUACUGAUCUGAUACUCUGAUGAGAUGUCACUGAAACUUCAACUUCCGCAAGGGCUUUCCUUCUUAAGAAGUGUUGGAUGGUUAGAAGAUCGGAAGGUUGGUUCAGCUGCCAAGCAGCAAUUAUCCCCAACAUUGAAGCUCCAGACAGAUAAGGAGGUGUACAGGCCCGGUGAUUCAGUCAUUGUGACUGUAGAAAUCCAUAGCCCAGCUAGUUUGAAGGACGAUGCUGGGCAGGCAGUGUCGGGCGAAGAUGCUUCCUCACUAUUGCUAGAUGUGCUUUCCUUCGAACUUAAAGGGAUUGAGAAGCUGGACAGUCAAUGGUUCUCUGUUCCAAAGCCCUUACCAGGAUCUAAACAAAGGAGAGGUGAACAUAUGUUUCUGGAUUGUUCAGCACUGUCACUGGUCUCUAAAGUAAUAAUUGCUUCAGGGCAAACAAAAACGUACAUUGUACGUGUGGAGCUCCCAAAGAUUUUACCACCAUCUUAUAGGGGUAUCAGUAUCCGCUAUUUUUAUUAUGUUCGGAGUGCCUUAUUUGGAAGGUUGGUGGUACUGGGUAAUGGAGACCAAAACAAAAGACCUGUGAAUAGUUCAAUUCAAUUGGAAGCUCGAGUCCCAUUACAGAUAUGUGUUUCCCAGAAAAGCAGCAACCUGCUAAAUGAAGAAGGGACUUUGCCAUUUGCAAUUGAUCAACUGGGCAUAUUUUGGAGGGAAAAAGAUGAAGAUUCAGAAUGGAUCAAAGCAAAUGAUAAUGCUGAUCUAGAAGAAGGAUAUGAUAGUUCAAAAGAUGAAGUUUCAUCUGUUUCCUCAUACAACCCUUCCAAAGCAAAUCCUGAAUUCUCCCUCAGGAACUCAUUGUCGAUGCAAUCUCUGUCAUCACGCCUCUCCACAAGUGAGCCAUUUUAUAAUCAAGUAGAACGACCCAAUUUCCCAUCAUACAGCCCAAUUCCUCGAUUGUCAGUGUCAGAGAUUUCAGACGACCAUGAUGGAGGUUUAGUGUCACCUCAAAGGAAGCUAAACCAUUUGCUUCCAGAUCAUCCAUCAAAUGGGCAGAGGUUUUCUCCAGAUUCGGAUGUUGGACUCCCCCUUACACCGAAAAAUGUUGAUCCGGCUGGGUCUGAAGGUUUUACGAGAGGAAGAUCUUAUAAUAUAAGAAUUGAUGACCAAGUCUUGCUUCGGUUUUCACCUAAGAAUUCGGACUCAACUUAUUACUUUGGUGAUAUGAUUGGUGGAGCACUUACCUUUUUUCAUGGAACUGGAAAGCGGAGGUGCCUUGAGGUAUCAAUAACCCUGGAAACAUCAGAAACAAUUAAUCCCCGUGCAUUACAUCCUUCAAGAAGGGGCUCGCCGACAAUAACCAAGCUGCAUAGUGAACAUCAUGAGGUUGUUGCUGAUCUUCACCAGACAAGCUUUCUCUUUUCCAUUCCCAUUGAUGGUCCUAUGUCAUUUUCUACCUCAAAGGUCACUGUACAGUGGUCUCUCCGAUUUGAGUUCUUCACAACUCCUGAAGGAACAGACCCAGCUAGGUACGAGCACCCACUCCUUGUUGAGAAAAGAGAAAAGGGUGAAUGGGUCCUCCCAAUAACUGUUUAUGCACCUCCAUUGCGUAGACGACCAACUCAUGGGAGAAACGAUAGAUCUGUCUUACCUGGAAACAUCUUCAACUCUUGAAGUGAGCUGCUGCUAACAACACCUGGAUUUUUCAUCCUUUGCUUGCCAAAGUAUAGUUCCUUUCAGCUGUAAGGAAUGCCAAAUUAUUCUGACUGCUACACUAACAUCAAAAGAAAGUUCCUCAGUUGUUCCGAGGAUGUGCAAUGUGGGGCCUAUUUGUACAAAAGCACUUCAGAAACAGAGGACAAACAGAGCAAGGAGAUUGAUCAUAAGUUGCAAUGUUUUGCAUCAAGAGGGCUGCAUUUGUUCAUUGAUUCCAGUACUUAAUUUACUUGGUGCAACAUCAAUACUGAUCAUGAAUGCCACACAAGCGAUGCAUGUUUACGUCCAGCGCUGUGUCAGGGAUGUGCCUGGUUUGUUAGACCCCAGACUUUGUUCAACAGGUGUUUUUUUUUAUUGUCACCGUGUAAAAUUAAAAAGUCUCGUAGCCUCAAAGGAAGAAAAAGAUGUAAUUGACAGAUGGACUCAUUUGGGGUGCCUAUAUGCUAUUACAUUGUUAAAUAGUACACGUGAGACAUUUGGCCAUUAAUUCCUUUUAUUUUGUGGAAAAAAUAAUAUUAUACAGUGGUUCUCACGCUCA